UGGAAUAAUUUAUGAGUGUCAACAAGUUGUUGUACCAAAAAACCAACUGCAAUAAAUUAUUAAAGUUUUUUUAAAAUAUGAAAAAUUAUACUAUUAGCUUCUACAUAUAGAAGAAUUUAUUAAAACUGUACUUUUAUCAAUAAAUAGCCACCCCACCGACAUCCAACAAUAACGAUAAUGGCCAGCUUUGGUCUAAAAAAUAAAUACUUUGCCAAAAAUAUAGUAAUAAUAACAAGAAAAUUAUUGUGGUUAUAUUUAUUUGCAACGGCGUUAGCAACAAGUUUUACCACAACAUCAACAACAGUAGCAGCAAAUGAAAUUACUACGACAACUAAUACUAACAAAUCAGCAGCUUUAGGUUCAACAACAGCAGCAACAUCGACACCACAAUUCCCAUCAUUAUCUGGUUUAUUUGCCUGGGGUCACAAUACAAAAUAUUCAACCAUACUUUUUGAUGAAAAUAUCAUUGUCAAAGGAUCAACAUUUUUGGAUAUAAAAUAUCCACCAAAUGAUGAUUUGUAUGAUGAUUAUACCAUAAUUGGUAUAUAUGCAUUUGUCAGUGACAAAUUAGAUACUAAAAUUGCUCGAAUUUUAGCAGAGAAAUUGUUGUCUGUUUAUCUCAUUGAGGGUGGUAUUGGUCAUAAUUUUACUAAAGUGCGUUUUGCUUCAAAAGCUCUUGAUGAUGUCGAGUGUAAUUUGAAAAUUUUUGGUAUUUAUGUUUAAGGAAAUGCAAAAGCACUAUGCUAAAAGCACUUAUGGACUAUGCAUGCACAAUUAUUUUAAGAAAAAAUAAACAAAAUUUAAA